AUGUUCGACAGAGACUUGUUGAUGAUGCAGGUUGGAGCCGCUAUCCGCCCACCGACUGAUUUUCUGCUGCACAUCAUAUGCCGGUUCCGACUAGUCCAGUGGGCUGAUCAGUCUGGUGAUGGCGGAUCGAAACAUUCCACACCGUUCGGAAAAAUGGAACCCGAAGAAACUGGGAAAAUCAUCGUCAUACUAGCAGAAGAAAUGCUGCAUUUGCUGAUCAUGAUACUUGGAGAACGAUACCAUCCUGGUGUGGGAAGGUGCACGUUUACGGAGCAAGUUCAGCGUGAAGUCAUCCAUGUGCUUUGUACCGGACCACAACCUUUCAGUCAUAUCCAAAAGAGGAUGUCUCAUGAUCCUAUGGUGGAGCGCAUAUCGUUGCAUGAAGUCGUCAACACUGUCGCGAACUUUGUCAAACCAACGACAACCUCCGCUGGACAGUUUUAUCUGAAGGAGUCAUUACUCACUGAAUACAAUCCCUUCUUCUAUCACUACUCGAAAAGCGAUCUUUCGCAGGCCGAACAAUACCAGCAAAAAAUACGCUCAAAGCUUGAUCGGAAGCUACAAGCGUGUCCACCGCCCAUGCCUGUUGAGUUUGAACCAUUCUUCGCUUCAGUUCGAAACAUAUUGAAGACUCCAUGUCUAAUCAAAAUUCUGAAACUGGUUCUGGAUAGAACAGGAAAACGGAGUCGCUUUUCGAGUGAUCGUCUUUUCCAUCGGGCAUUUUUCAUGAUCGGUAUGGGUCUGCAAGAGCAAGCACGGGAUCCCAAACGUUUCAACUUCACUGAAGUAGCAGAAAAAGAAGAGAUUCUCCAUUCGCUGGAUUCUCUUUCUGGUUCAGCUGAAGUUGCCACUCAUGCGGACCUACUUUGGUGGACCAUACAGAAGUACAAAGAAGUUCAACGUCUCUCCACAACUGGGCAAACAACGGAGAGGCGUGGUGAGAUGUCAAAGAUGCAAAAAUCUUUUUUGAAAGUCCUGGAAACAGAGAGUCCAUCUUUGACGGAACCAGUUGUUCAUGAGGGUGCAUUGAGUGAAUUUCGUGGCGAUGAUGAUGAAGAUUUUGUGAGCAAGCAACAAGACCACGGUUUCCCUGUUUGUUUGGGUCCACAGAGAAGUCGCGUGGAGGAAGUUUUGCCACGAAAAGUGACUUGCAUACUUUGUCAGGAAGAAGAGACACUUUCUCCUGAUAACGGGAAAGCAUUCGUCUGUGCUGCAUACGUGCAAAAGUCGUUGCUCUUUGCACAGCGCGGUGAACCAGAAACUGAAGCAAAGUUGCGAGACUUAGCCCCAGCGAAUCUUCUCUUUGGUGUUGAUGCUUCGACAUGUUCACACACACAAUGCAUUAUGAAUGUUUCCAUAGCCUUUCGGAAACCCUUCUCAGCAGAGAACGUCAACGACCGCGUCAGCAGAUGGUUCUCAAUCCAAAAUGUUGAUCCAGAGGUGGGGGAGUACUUAUGUCCGCUCUGCAAACGUCUUUCGAAUACUGCUAUGCCUUUGCUGCCUGCAUUACAACUAAUGGACAUCGAUGGGUCUCACUCUGAGCGCUCUCUGCUGGAGCUUUGCCAAACACCAAGCUGGAGCUUGCCAAACAAGGAGAUGAGCUGUCCACAAUGCCACUGGACAAUUCACUGUCGACAUCCGUGCCAUCUGCUUCGGCUAUGUCGCUGUUACUGGGCCAAAAUACUUCAACUAGGAUGGCAUCCCAGACUGUUUCGAGCACCUCAUGUAACGCAAUGGGUAAAAGUUGACGUCGAGGAGGAUCCACAAAGAGCUGUGGAUUUGUUCCGUGAGAUGACCGAAAUUAUGCGUGUUCAAAAUUCGGACGCUAGGACGGAUGUUGAGCCAAUAUCACCUGCAUUCGAGACGGCGUCCUCAUCAGAUUUGACGGCUGCCCGUCGGGAAAGGCGAAGCGAUAGUUCUGGCGCACGAUUUGGUUUUCUUGGAGGGAUAAUUAAAGGCUUACCAGCCGCUGGAGUAGCUGUGCUGUUGAAGCUCCUACGCAAAAUUGUGGGUCCGUCGUACGAACGUUAUGAAGAAAUGGUGAAAGUGUUCAGCAGUAUGUUGUUACAUAAGGGACGGAUACGGGGUGCGGACGAAAUAAAGGCUCGCGACACUCACGACGACGUUCACAGUCCACCAGCUGCAUUGGCCGUCUGGAAAAGUGCUGCUCAUGUUGCUAGAACAACGGCUGCUGUACUAGCUUCUGAGCGGAAACCACUUUUCUGCGCCAUGAACACACGUCAGCGGGACUGUCUCCUUGCAAUGGCUCGUCUCUCAGCAGUACUAUCCUUCUGUAUCCAACUUCUUCCGGACUUCAUCGCAAACAUGCUGCGGGUUUUACUAUCACCACCACCGUUGGCGACAAGUUCCGGUGCUGCUCCUGUCAGUCCUCGAUCGCCAGAAUACCACACUGCUACCAGUCCUGUCCACAGCUUCACAAAUGCCAGCCCAUUAUCGUCGUCAGCAGAUUCGCCGGCUAAGCUGCUGUCAUCCACUUUUGCACAGCUAUUCUCAAGUAAGAAGGAUGUCAACGUCAACCUUCUCCAUGUUGACAUGCUAAGCCUCGCUAUUUCCUUGAUGAUGUCAAUCGGAUGGACGUGGCAUGAUGGUGUGCAGUCAUUGAAAACGACUCGUCAACUUCGUGAGAUGCUACCAGAUGGCUCGCAAGAUGAGCUACACGUUCUGCGUCUGUGCCUUAAUGGGCUCUUCUUCCAGGUCUUUGCGACAUUCGAAGACAGUGACAUGUCGGACGCAGAUAGCAAUGAGAAGGUUGAUGAGGUGUUGACGACACGUCUACAGCUGCUGUGGUCAAUCGUGAGACCGUCUGACGCUCCUCUUAGCGAUGUUGCACGCCUACGCACAGGCAAAAUUCAUAAGUCGCAGAAGCGUAUUGGAUUGCCUACUCGCCCAACACUCGUCGAAGCAACGUUGUCGCUUUUGCGUCCCUUAGCUCUUUUCUAUCACGCUCGGUUCCACUUUGAUCCAUCCGUCGAUGAAUUCGAGCCUCUAUGUCGAUACAUGGGCCUUCCUUAUCAUCUUGGUGAACUUCUCGACGGGUUGGCCAUAGAACAGUUUUGUUUGAUAUGUGGUCUGUCUGCUGCUAUGCCCGCUUUUCCACAUUCAAUUGUUCGUCAACCUAUACGAGCAACACAACUUGUAGACCUUCCUUAUGACUUUAGUGAAGUCAUCCAUCUAGCUUCAGCCUUCAAGUGUCACGUCAAUUCCACUGGUGAAAUGCUGCCAACGUGCCAACAAUGUGUCUGGUCUGUGGACAGAUUUUGUGCUCUCAAAGCUACUGUUGUCAGAAGCAGGAUUCGGGACUGCGCUAUAGUGCUUAUGACAACACGGAAUCGCGGCUGCUUCCGUCCAGCCCCUUAUGUCGACGAGUUUGGAGAAGCUGAUCAGGGAUUCAGGCGGUAA